AUGUCUGACGCUCCUCCAGCUGCAUCACCGGUUUCGGCCAAGAAGACCAAGGCUAGCAAGCCAAAGGGCGAGAAGAAGCCCAAGGCUGUUGCAUCCCACCCUGUGUACUCGGCCAUGAUCAAGGCCGCUAUCAAGGAACUAAAGGACCGUAAAGGCGCUUCAAAACAGGCUAUCCUCAAGUUCAUUCACCAAAAGUACAAGCUCGGAAACAAUGAGAAGCAGAUCAAUGCUCAUCUUCGUAUGGCGCUGAAGAGAGGUGUUGCCGGUGGUGCCCUGACCCAAGCGAGCGGCAGUGGAGCUGCUGGACGAUUCCGCUUGGCUGAGAAGGCCGCUGCUCCGUCCACACCCAAGCCAAAGGUCGCCAAGAAGCCGAAAGCUGCCGUAUCGCCCAAGAAGAAAGCAGCUGCCAAGCCCAAGAAGGCUGCUGGUGACAAGCCAAAGAAGGCCAAGAUCGCUAAGAAGCCGAAAUCACCCAAGAAGGCCGCCGCCAAGCCCAAGAGCGCCAAAUCUCCGAAGAAGCCAGCAGCAAAGAAAGCCGCCAAGAAACCCGCGGCCAAGAAAGCCGCUGCCCCUAAGGCCUAA